CUCACUUCCCAGGGCCCGGCGGAGUCUGGCUAGGUCUGUGCCGCCGCUUCCGUGGGCUGGCGGGGCAUGGAGCAGGGUCUCUCCGCUGUCACUCUGUACUGCGCCUCCCCAGCCGGGACCACACCCGCCACUGCCCCCCGCGCCAUGGAGCAAGAACAGCUGCACUCAAGUGGCGAUAGAGGCUUUGAGAAUGUGGAACUGGGGAUCAUAGGAAAAAACAAGAAAAUUCCGAGAAGGAUCAUUCACUUUGCAAGUGGAGAAACCAUGGAAGAAUAUAGCACAGAUGAAGAAGAAGAUCCGGUGCAAGAAAAAAAAGACCUCUUGCCGUCUAUUGAUCCUACUACUCUUACCUGGGGACCCUACUUGUGGUUUCAUAUGCUAAGAGUUGCCACGUCAACCUUAUCAGUGUGUGACUUCCUUGGGGAAAAGAUUGCAUCCGUUUUGGGCAUAAGUACACCGAAAUACCAGUAUGCCAUUGAUGAGUAUUACAGGAUGAAGAAGGAGGAGGAAGAGGAGGAGGAAGAAAACAAAAUGUCAGAAGAGGCAGAGAGACGAUAUCAAGAACAGCAGAGCAAGCCACAAGAUGAGACUACUGUCCAGACAGACCAACCAGAAGCAACAGCAUGUAAUGCAUUUGUGAAUCUCAAUUUUGAAACUGAGGGAGAUGGCCAAUCUGUUGCAGAAAGUAAACAAGACUUAACUACUGUCCCUACUUAAAAUAUAAGGUUCUGCAUAAUGCCAAAUUUUUUUAAAUUGGCAGCAAAAGUGUGGGAAAAAUCUUGUACUUUUUCAGUGGAAUGUAACUCAUUUAAAACUCUGGUCAGGAGAGAGCUAAAUAAUGUCCGUUCAGUCCACAACUAUUGAAUAAAGCCUAAGACACUGCCAAACUGACAUUUCUGUUAAAAUAAAAAUGCUGGACA